AUGAUUACCAAUGUCCACCCAGGUGACUACUGCGUCAACUUCACCUUCACCCCAGUCCAGAAGAUUAUGUACAUGGUCUCACCCAUUGGCCAAGACAAUAAGUUUGACCAGUCCGGAGGCCAUUGCUUCACCGUCUCCCCCGCCACAACCAAGAAUCACCACUACAGAGCAUGGCUCGGAAUGCACAUCCCACCCGUCUACAUCCGCGGCCACGCCUUCUUGGAUGAGAACCAAGACGGAAGUGACAACAAGGUCGAACAAUUACUUGCUGGCAUCGAGAUCUCAUUGCUCGAUGGCAACAACCAUCUGAUCAAGACCAUAACGACAGUCCCAAGCACUGACCGUAUCAACCAGUUCAGAUUCGACAACCUUGCACCAGGCAACUAUUGUAUGAAGGCUGUUGAUCCAUCCCACAAGUAUGUCACUGGACCAAUGGGUGUAUCCAACACCUUCAACUCAUCUUCACUCUACUGCUUCACCAUUCGUGCCAAGGACGGUUCAUGGAUCGUCCUACCAGGAUUCAUUCCAGCCUUCAGAGUUGUAGGAUUCGCUUGGAAUGAUGAGAACAACAAUGGCGCCUUUGAAUCAUCUGAGCAGAAGCUUACUGGAGUCAAGGGUGAGCUUACUCUUAAGGAUGGCACCCAUGUUGCCAAUUUGGCCGACGACUUCCACGUUGAUAAUUUGAAGGCAGGUGACUAUUGUAUCCAGAUGAAGCUCACUCCAGAUCAGCUUGCCAAGUACCUCAUCGCCGCCCAAGGCACUGACAACCACUAUGACAAGGAUGGCAAGUACUGCUUCUCCCUCACCAAAGAUAGUCCAGUUGCCAAUGCACCAAUUGGUCUCUAUUCACCAAAGAUAUCCGUCCAAGGACAUGCCUACGAGGACCUCGACAAGAAUGGAGGUGACAACCAAGUUGAGCCACUGCUCGGAGGUAUUGUUGUUACUUUGAAGAAUGCCGAUGGUGAUGUACUCAACACAUGGACCACCGAUGCCAAUGCACCAAGAAGGGGUCAAUUCAAGGCUGAGUUGCACCCUGGAAGGUAUUGUAUGUCCGCUGUUGAUCCAAGUGGAAAGUUCAUCAUUGGACCAAAGGGUAUCUCCAACACCUUUGACCCACAGGGCAACUUCUGCUUCACCAUCAGACCAACCGACACCACAUGGAGUAUUUACCCAGGAUUCACCCCAGCUUUCAAGAUUACUGGAUUUGUAUGGAAUGAUGUUGAUCUCAAUGGAAACUUUGUUGACACUGAGACCAAGUUGGAUGGAUUCACUGCUAAGCUCACGACCAUUGGUGAGUUUGUAGCCGAUAUCGCACCAAAUGCCGCCAAUGGAUUCACCUCACCCAGUCUCAUCGCUGGUGAUUAUUGCAUCCAUUUCGAACUCACUCCAGAACAAAUGGAACUAUACCUCAUCUCACCAAUUGGCAACGACAACAAGUAUGACAAGGAUGGCAAGUACUGCUUCGCCCUCAACAAGGACACCACCGACAGCAACCAUAUACUCAAGGCACCACUCGGACUCACCAUUCCAAAGAUCAAUAUCUCUGGUCGGGCAUUCAUGGAUUCAAACAAGGAUGGUGGAGACAACAAUGAGGAUUUGAUUGGAGGAAUCGUUAUCACAUUCAAGGACAGCAAGGGUGAAGUGAUUCAAACAAUCACCACUGAUGUCAAUGCUCCAGACAGGACACAGUUCAAGUUUGAUAUUACACCAGGAAGCUACUGCGCACAUGCUGAGGAUCCAAGUGGAAAGUACAUCAUUGGACCAAAGGGUAUCUCCAACACCUUUGACGACCAAGGCAACUACUGCUUCAAGAUUAGGGCAACAGACACUCCAUGGAAGAUAUUGCCAGGAUUCACUCGUGUUUUCAAGAUUAAUGUAUUCGCAUGGAAUGACGUUGAUAACAAUGGAAACUUUGUUGACACUGAGACCAAGUUGGCUGGAUUCAAAGGUACAAUCACUACUGUUGGCAAACCUGUUGUAAAUUUCACAACUGAUGCCACCAAUGGAUACACCACUCCCAAUCUCCUCGCCGGUGAUUAUUGCAUCCAGUUCGAUUUCACUCAAGAGCAAAAGGAUCAAUACCUUGUCUCACCAGUUGGCAACGACAACAAGUAUGACAAGGAUGGCAAGUACUGCUUCACUCUAGACAAGGACACUGCCGACAGCAACCAUCUGCUCAAGGCACCACUUGGACUCAACAUUCCAAAGAUCAAUGUCUCUGGUCGUGCAUUCAUUGAUUCUAACAAAGAUGGAUCAGACAACGUUGAGCCAAUGCUUGGAGGAGCCAUUAUCACAUUCAAGGACAGCAAAGGUGGUGUGCUUCAAACAAUCACCACUGAUGCCAAUGCUCCAGACAGGACACAAUACAAGUUUGAUCUUCCACCAGGAAGAUACUGCGCACAUAUUGAAGAUCCAAGUGGAUUGUACAAGAUUGGACCAAAGGGUAUCUCCAACACCUUUGACGACCAAGGCGACUACUGCUUCACGUUAAGGGCUACAGAUACUCCAUGGAAGAUAUUGCCAGGAUUCGUUCCAGAUGGCUUCAAGGUUGUUGGAUCCGCAUGGUCCGAUUUGAACAAUGAUGGUAUCAAGGAUGCUUCCGAGACUACUUUAAUCGCUGGAAUUGCUGGAUCACUCACUGAAAAGGUCUCAGGAAAUGAGGUUACCAAGGUUACCACUACCAGCACCGGUGAUUACAAGUUGCGUGUUCAGAACUCUGGCGAUUAUUGCCUCACCUUCUCUCUCACUAACGAUCAGAAGAAGGCAUACAAAGUGUCACCAAUUGCCGCCAACAACAAGUUUGAUGCUGAUGGAAAGUACUGCUUCACUGUUGAUUCGACCACUGUCAAUGCCAAGAAUGAGUUCCCAGCACCUCUGGGACUCUAUGCCCCUCUAUUCGUGAUCCAGGGUCAUGCCUAUGAUGACCUCGACGCCAGUGGAGGUGACAAUGGAGGUGAACCUUUGCUUCCUGGUAUUGACAUCACUCUCACCAAGGCCGAUGGCACUCCGAUCAACAAAUGGACCACUGCCUCGGGUACUGCCCGUACUGAGCAGUGGAUACAGAGAGACAACCCAGUUGGAGACUACUGUAUGACCGCCGUAGAUACAAGUGGCAGGUACAGGAUUGGACCAAAGGGUAUCUCCAACGCCUUCGACCCCCAAGGCAAAUACUGUUUCUCUCUUACUACAGCAGACAAGACUCAAAAGAUGCUUGUCCUUCCAGGUUUCGUUCCAAACUUCAAGGUAAUGGGAGUUGCAUGGAGUGAUUUGAACAAGGACGGUAUCAAGGAUGCCUCUGAGACCACAAUGAUCCAGGGCGUUACUGUUACACUCACUGAGAAGGUCUCAGGAAAUGAGAUUACCAAGGUAACCACGCCAAGCACCGGUGCUUACUCAUUCGAUCUUCCUAAGGAGGGUGUUGAGUACUGCCUCACCUUCAUGCUCACUCCUGAGGAUAGGAUACUAUAUAUCUCGCCACCAGUUGCUGCUGACAACAAGUUUGCUUCAGAUGGAAAGUACUGCUUCACCGCAGACAGGACGACCGCCAACUCCAACUUUGAGGUCAAAGCUUCAAUAGGACUCAACAUACCACUGGCUACUAUCCAGGGUCAUGCCUAUGAAGACCUCAACAAAGAUGGAAGUGACAACGACGCUGAACCAUUAAUUGGAGGCAUCAUCGUCACUUUGACGAAAGCAGAUGGCACUCAGAUCAACAAAUGGACCACUGAUGCGAAUGCACAACGUGUCAAACAGUUCGUUGAGCCCAAUGUUAUUCCAGGAGACUACUGUUUGACUGCCACUGACCCAAGCGGCAAGUACAUCAUUGGACCAAAGGGUCAAUCCAACAAAUUCGAUGCCCAAGGAAAGAAUUGCUUCACCAUCCUCAAAACAGGUGAUCCUAUUUUCAAUGCCGUCCCAGGAUUUGUUCCCAAGUAA